GCCACACACACAGGGGGUGCUGUGUGAUUGUGCAGCCACGAUUCAAUUAGCGUUCUUACACUUGGGCGGCGGAAGUUGCUUGCUCUUCAGACUGCUUCAAAGAUGGCACUUGCUAGUGUGUUGAAGAGUGAUUGUGCGGAUUUUUCUUUUGGUAAUAGUCAUCCUUUUGCGUUUGAUUGUGGAUCAGGACAGAACAGUUUGAGUUUCGAGGGUACGUCGGGAGACAGCCUCAAUUUUUCUGUUAAAAACCCGUUGUUUGCUGGUGACGAGGAUGGCGUCGAGAGGAAAAUAGAGUUUCUGCACGGAACCACCACCUUAGCAUUUAAAUUCCAGCAUGGUGUUAUAGUUGCGGUGGACUCUCGGGCCACAGCAGGCUCCUACGUUGCCUCACAGACAGUGAAGAAGGUGAUUGAGAUCAACCCCUACCUACUGGGUACCAUGGCUGGAGGAGCGGCAGACUGUGCCUGCCCGCCCCGCCAGUGCCGCAUUUAUGAGCUUCGCAACAAAGAGCGCAUCUCUGUGGCGGCAGCCUCCAAGCUCCUUGCUAACAUGGUGUAUCAGUACAAGGGCAUGGGACUCAGCAUGGGAACCAUGGUGUGUGGCUGGGACAAGCGAGGCCCAGGGCUAUACUAUGUUGACUCGGAGGGGAACCGGGUGUGCGGCGAUCUGUUUGCUGUGGGCUCGGGCUCCAUGUAUGCCUAUGGUGUGAUGGACAGUGGCCUGCGCCACGACCUGACUGUGGAGGAGGCCUGCGAUCUGGGCCGGCGUGCCAUCUACCAGGCCACAUACCGUGACGCCUACAGCGGAGGGCAGGUCAACCUGUAUCACGUUCACAGCGAGGGCUGGACCAGGGUCUCCCAGGACGACGUGCUGAAGCUGCACCAUCAGUACAAGGAUCAGGAAUAGGGAGGGUUAGGAGUUCACUGUAGUGUCUAAUGUUUAAGAUGUUCUGAAAUGUGAGUAGGGUUGACACAUAAACAAAAAGGACUCAUCUGCCAAUUGAUUUCCACUUGUAUCACUUCUGUGACCCAUUUUGACUUGUUACUAGCUUACGGCUUUAUAUUGUACCAUUUAUAUCAACAAUGCCAGUGAGCUCUGCACAGAGUAUGAUUUGAGGGUCUGCACAGAGGGGGCCGAUGACUCAAACAUGCUUCUCAUACAGUGUGAGAGUAGUGUGUGUGUGUGUGCUCCUUGCCUUGCAUACAUUUCAUUUGGAUUGUACCCUAGAAAUCUACAUUUUCUUUCUCAAUAAAACCUGUGAUAAUCUUUUUUUUCCCCCAA